AUGAAUGAUCUUGCAGACGAUGACUCUAUCACGCUCUCGCUUUCCAACCUUCCUCGUCUUACCCUCAAAGACAUAGAGAACGCUGACGACUGCUGUCCAAUCUGUCUCAUCCCAUAUCGCACCAUACUUGAGCAACUUGUGGAAGACGAAGAGAACAACUGCGUGACAAAGAUUGAGGGUUGCGGUCACGUUUUCUGCAUCCAAGACUUGUCUGAAUGGAUACGUGGGCGACACGGGACGUGCCCGACGUGCAGACAUCCCUUUCUUCCUGACCUCCAGCCUAUAGAUUCGGACGACGAGAGCUCCGAUGGUGGUGAGUAUGUGCCAACCGAGUACGACGCAGACACGGACUAUGGCUCGGACGCGGAUGAAGGGCUGUCCGACAAUGACGCCUUCGACGUCGAGACUAUGGACGUGGACGUCCAAGCUGCAGAGUGCGACGAGACAUGGAACGAUGGGGAUUCAGUUCAUGAUGGUGAUGUUGAGGGUAUGCGUGGUCAGUGUGGGCAGUCGAGCGACAUUGAAUGGUGGGACGAAGCUGAUGAGGCAGAGGGAUGGGGGCUCACGGACGGAGAAAGCAUGAGCGCGAGCGAGGGGGAGGUCAUGCCCAGCGACCGUUUGUCAGAGGCGGAGGCAGGGGCGGAGGCAGGGGCGGAGGCGGAAAUCCAAGUCAGACUCAAUUCCGAAGGAGAAUACGCGAUUGAAGACGGAAGUGCAACUAAACGGUAGGAGGUGUGGUACGGUUCACGGAGUCCUCUUAAGUGUUUGUACUUUCUUUAUUUUACCCCCACAUUUGUAUUGCAUAUCAUGGUUAUUGUGAUUUUUGUCUAUUC